GGGUACUAUACUAGUUGUUGUAAAACAAUUCCCGUCCAUUCCCAUAAUAACCCUCCUCACGCUUCACCCUCUCCCCUUCUUCACACUCACCCUCUUUAUCUGGCUAGCUUCAAUCUCCCAGCAACUUCAUCGCAGCACCAAAGCAGGUUGUUCUCUUCCUCUCCUCCUCUUCUCGUUUAUUCUUCUUCCCCUUCUCCUCCGUUGUUCUCUCUUCUGUAUUUGCCUCAAUCUUUUUAUUUGUCAAGUGAGCAAUUUUUAAUAUGUAUUAUCAUUAAUUAGAUCUCCAUGGCUUAGCCGGAACCGGUCUGCCGCUGCAGCUGGGUAUUCUCUUGUUUCUGCAGGGUCUCAAUUUGAAUCCUUUGCCUGAUUUUUACGAGCUCCCAUUCAGCGCUGUCAUCCUAUUCUGCAGUUCACCAUUCUCCCACAUCCAUCCUCAGAAUCCUAGAGAGGAAAAAUGGCUGCCUGCUUACCAUUAUCAUCAUCUCUACCAUGCGCACUCUCCUCUGAGUUUUGCAGCAAGGGAAAUGUUGAGAAGCCACAUUCUCUCUCAUGGUCUUCUUCCUUCCCGCAGCUAAAAAUCUCCACGCCUUUAGCUCCAUACCAUUGGAAUUUCUCACCCAAACAGGGCUCGUCGAAGUGUCUUUCUAGAACUCUAACAUGGCCUUUCCAGAGCUCAGUUGUAGCAGCUGCCUACACAAGGAGAUCUCGGAGUGAAGCUGCAAAGAAACCUAAUCGAAAAUCAUGGAAACAAAGGACAGAUAUGUAUAUGAGACCAUUUUUGUUGAAUGUUUUCUUCUCUAACCGGUUUAUCCAGGCAAAAGUAAUGCACCGACCAACCAGCAAGGUCAUCUCAGUGGCUACAACAAAUGCCAAGGACCUUAGGACUACACUGCCCUCACUUUCUGAUGAUAAUGCAGCCAGGGUUAUUGGAAAGUUGAUUGCUGAGCGUUCAAAGGAUGCUGAUGUCUUUGCAAUGUCCUAUGAGCCUAAGAAGAAUGAGAGGAUACAAGGCAGGCUGGGGAUAGUUCUUGAUACCAUUGCAGAAAAUGGUAUUAUCUUUGUUUAGGAUCCAACUUUAAUGGCUUGUUUGGUUACCUCAGAAAGGGUUACUUUUCGGAAAUAAAAAGAUCGUGCUUCAUCGCUUAUUCACCUAAACUAACAGUCUUGCUUUCCAAACAAAUGACUUCAUUUUACCCAACAGUGAUUCCAUUUCCAGAGGUGUGGAAUGGGGGAGGUUUGGAUCAUUGAACAAGUAAGUUUAUUUAUUUUAUCAGAAAGUGGUUCCCAGGGAAAUAACCAAACGUGCUCCAGGGUUUGGUUUCUUAGUCUCCAUUUUUAAAAGAAAAAAUGUUUCUUGUUAUGAAACGAAGUGGUGAAAAUGUAGAACUUCUUCACCACUCUGUAUAUGGGUUAAGUUUGUGGCUUUGUGCAUAUAUAGGGAGAUCUAACUUGUAAGAUGUAAACAGAGUGUUAAGGUUCUUUUUCAUUCUCUGAAUGAUGGUCCUAUGAGAGACUUCUGUACUUGUUAGUUGAAUCUCUGAAAUGUUUGAAAGGUGAAUCAUUGGGUAAACAUUCUAUUAAGCCAAUAAGCAAAUUAACCUUUUUUGUUUAUUAUUCAUAUUUGUUACAUUGUAAUUUCGUUUAUCAUUAAUUCAUU